AUGCAGUACAAAACUCUCGCCUCUCUGCUCUUCGCGACUGCCACCCUGGCAGUUUCAGCUCCCGAGGCCCCGACGGACACUGACAACGUGGAAUUCCCUCUGGCAACCGCCGUGCCUCCCAUUAGCAUCAUUUCCGCUCUAAUGACUAUCAUUCCACAGUCCUGGGCUCUGCAGUGGGAGACCAACACUGCCUUCCAAUCAUCGGUGAUCAGUGAUUACUUGCACGGGACCUAUCCAGCCUGGGCGAGCAGCUUGCCCGCUGACGUGGUGUCGUGGGCAUCUUCAGAGGGAAUCACUGGGUUGACCCCUCUUGCGACGACCACCGCUUCGUCGACGGGCUUCACUCCCGCGUCGACCUCGGCGUCCGUGAGCAUGACCAGCAUGCCCUCGACCACGGACGCUCCAUUGUCAACUGCGAGCACAUUAUCUGGAGCCUCGACCUCGACCGGUGGAACCUCAACCUCAACUGCUGGUGCUCCGGCGGCUACGGGUGGCAUCGUUCUAAGUCUGGCGGGAGCGGCUGGUGUUUUGGGUCUCGCGAUUGCGCUGUAA